AUGCGCGAUCUGCUGCCGCGGCUCGUCGAACUCCAUCUCGUCGUGCUCCAGCUCGUACGCGAUCUGUUGCUACAGCUCGUAGGUCCCGUUUGGGGUGAGCAAGUCGUCGAAAACGGACUGCGACGCCUGCAGUUCGUAUUCCUCGUCGGGCUUCAGCUCGUCAGGGCAGCCCGUCGGGCUCGGAAUGCGUCCGGGCGGCGGCCACGGUAUGCUGCAUCGGCUCAAACAGCUCGGGGCAGCGGCAUGGGCAAGUCGAUGGAGUCCAGAACUCUCGCGAGACCGACGCAGCAGCCCUCUUUCUGGAUGUUCAUGAGGAUAUUGCCGAAGUAG